GUAAGAUUUAAUAUUUAUAAAUAUUGAAUUAAUAUUUUUAACUUGUUUUAUAAUAGUUUAAAUAUUCUCAUGUUUAAUAUAAUAAUCUGCAAAAACUGCAAUUUUAUACAUGAAUUGUAAUUUGUCUCACUAUAUAAUUAAAUAAUAAAAGUAUUAACUAGUUUUAAAAUUUAUUUUAUCAAAUUAAAAUAUAUCAAUCUAUUUUAAAUAUUUGAUAUAUUAUAUUUUACAAGCUAGGUGAUAUUAAUUUUAAAUAUUGAUUUUUUAUAUUAUUCACAUUUCUAAAUUUAGAUAUGUUUAAAAUACAUGAAUUUACGUUUUAUGUGUAUAUCUUUAAUUUUGUUUUAAAUUUAUAAAACUGAUAAAAUUAUUAAAUUAACUAACUAUAUUUAUUAUGUGGUUUCAUAAUUUAGUUAUGUUUAUAGUAUAUAGUAAUAUUAUGAAUUAAUCAGUUAGAAAUUGGUUUUACUAUAUUACUAUAUAUAUAUAUUUCAAAUAUUUAAUGGUAUAAUUUAUAAAUAAAACCUAGCUAAAUGAUCCAUAAAAUGGGUUUAAUUUUGAUAUAUUAAAUCAAAUGAAUUUAGAAAAGAAAAUAAAUAGAGUAAAAGAAAAUAAAUGUAAUGACAAGAUUUAUGAGGCCCAAUCUUGUUAAACUUGUAAACAAAACAGAGUAUAAAAAGAAAAACAGAGGAGAUUCCCUCGGCAUCUCCGAAUCGAAUCUGAGAAAGAGGAAGAAGCUAAGCUUGGAGAUCGAUGUUAGAGGGUAUUAGAUGCACCAAGUUGGAUUGACCUGGGAUCUCAAUUCCUUCACGCAGCUCGUCCUCACCCUCUUCCUCCUCUCCUUCGCUCUCCUCUUCUUUGUCAAACGCACGGCCGCCAAGUACUUCGAGGUCGGCGGCGGCGGCGGCUCCGACAGCGACCUCCGCCGAGAUUUCAUGGUUCCCGACGCGUCUGAGUGCUCCGUCUGUGGGAAUCUCACCACCAAGAAGUGCUCUCGCUGCAAAUCCGUUCGUUACUGCUCUGCGGAGUGCCAAAGGUCAGACUGGAACGCGGGGCAUAAACUAAAAUGCAAGGUGGUUAAGAGUACUACUGGUUUGAAAGCUUCUCUGUUUGGGAAUGGCUCUGCGUCUAAAACUGCAUUGUCUCCUAAGCUGAGCCAAAUCAUCAAGCCAGGAGACGUUCUUUUCCCAUACGAAACUUUUGUUCAGUACUUUAACUGGGACAAACCUGGUUUGGCACCUUGUGGGCUCACCAAUUGUGGAAACAGUUGUUUUGCUAAUGUGGUUCUGCAAUGCCUUUCCUGGACACGCCCUCUCGUUGCGUACCUACUAGAGAGAGGCCACAAGAGAGAAUGUAGACGCAAUGAUUGGUGCUUUCUCUGCGAGUUUGAAACUCAUCUCGAAAGAGCAAACAUAAGCCGGUUUCCUUUUUCACCAAUGAACAUUAUUUCACGGUUACCAAACAUUGGUGGAAAUCUUGGGUAUGGGAGACAGGAAGAUGCUCAUGAGUUGAUGAGGUUUGUGAUUGACAUGAUGCAAUCUGUUUGCCUUGACGAGUUCGGUGGAGAAAAGGUGGUGCCUCCUCGUGCUCAAGAAACAACCCUUAUACAAUACAUAUUUGGCGGUCUCCUUCAGUCGCAGGUCCAGUGUACUGUUUGCAGUAAUGUUUCUGACCAAUACGAAAAUAUGAUGGACUUAACUGUUGAGAUCCACGGGGAUGCGGUAUCAUUAGAGGAAUGUCUCGAUCAGUUCACAGCUAAAGAAUGGCUUCAGGGAGAUAACCUUUACAAAUGUGAUAGAUGUAAUGACUACGUGAAGGCAUGUAAGCGCCUUUCAAUCCGUUCUGCCCCUAAUAUACUUACAGUUGCCUUAAAAAGAUUCCAGGGUGGGAGGUUUGGUAAACUGAACAAAAGAAUUAGUUUUCCAGAGACAUUUGAUCUUGGCCCUUACAUGAGCUGUUGUGGAGGAGAAGGAUCAGAUGUAUACAAACUCUACGCUGUGAUUGUCCAUUUAGAUAUGUUGAAUGCUUCAUUUUUCGGCCACUACAUCUGCUACGUUAAGGACUUCCGAGGAGACUGGUAUAGAAUAGACGAUUCUGAGGUGGAAAAAGUUGAACUAGAAGAUGUCCUUUCUCAACGAGCAUACAUGCUUCUCUACAGCAGGGUUCAGGCCAGACCAUCAAGUCUUAGAUCAGAAGAAGUUCAAGACGAGAAGAAAACAGAUACAGUGGACACAGAGGCUAGCGAAGAUGGCUCUGUUGAGAGUUCCGGGGCGGGAACAAAUGGUGCCAGUGUGUCUUCGAUGUGCAACGGCAUCAUCUCACAUUCAGAAAACCCUGAAUGCAAAAAAGAUUCAUCAUCUUCGGCAUCAUCCACUGUCUCUGAAGUUGCUGAGAGGGUUGAUACAGUAGAUUCUGAAUCAAACCCUUCUAUUGACAUGGAACAUGAUUCUGGAACAGAUCAUCAAGAAGAAGCGGCAGCAAAUGGGAAAGAAGAUUCAACGGUUGAAAAUCCGGCUGUUGAUUCUCCUUGUUCGGACAUUACUACUACAUCUCUGUCUGCUACUACAGAGUCCAAACAUAUAGAGAAAGAGGAUUCAGACACUGAGAUGAUUGAUAAUGCUGAAUCAAUCCAAAAGGAUGGUGAAGAUAAACAAGGGAGCUUCUAACUUAACAAUAAUGCUGGCAAAUUUGUUUUAGCCGCUGCGACUUGUGGUGCCUGAAGGAUACUUAGUCAUGUGUGAGAUAUAGAAACUUCAGGAUCCGGAAGUACGUAGUGAGUUAUUCUUUUGACUUUAUUUGUCUGUUUAAAUAGAUUUUACCAUUGAACCCGAAACUCUUAUAGCAAGAACGAUUAGUGGAGGACGAACUCAGUGAUACCUUUGUGCUUGUUUUGGUUUGGAAAAUACAGAAAUCAAACUCUGA